AUGAAUAAUUUUCAUUUUUCUUCUGACACCGCCACCGCCACCUCACUUGCAUCAACAGCCUCCAAUACGUCGCUUGCAUUUAUUGAUGCGGACACAUUUUCUAUAUCGAUCGAGACAUUGAUCAAAGCAGCGGCAACCAAUAAUCCAUCAGUUGCUAAAUUAGGGCGACCUUCAACAAAAUCCGUGCGCUCACACAAAAAGACUAGGCCUUUAACGUCAAGAAUUCACAAGCCCAAGCAUAAGAGUAAUUCACCCGUAAUACAUAACGAAUCAUUAGUAAAGGACAAGAAUUAUAUAGAACCUAAGACAUUUAAGUUAAAACCGCCUCAGAAAAUGAGUACUCCUGUGCCACAACUCACAAAACUCCCGCAAACGUGGUGGUUAAGUUAUUACCCUCCCCGCUUCUUGACCUUGUUUCUACUAGGUUCAUUCACCUCUUUUAUAGUCGACCACCUGCUUACUCAAAACCACAUAACAGAAUAUCCAAAGGACACCGCAAAACUUAUUGACACGGCAGCAUGGAUUCCUCCAACAUGCGGUUUAUCAGCAAUAUUGAUAGGUUCAUUAUUUCCACUGGUAGAUUAUUGGCUCAGGAAAAAACCUCAGGAAUUUCAAAGGGAAUGGAGUAAUGUCAUUAGGUGA